UUGCCAUAAGUACUUUUUUUUAUUGUUCCACCAGCUAGCAGUACUUCAAUUUUGAAACUUGAAACUGAAACACGCUUCUUCCUAAUAAUAAUACCUUUCUCACCUACCACCACAAAUAGCAACCUUAAAUUCUUCUCUUCCUUUGUCUCUUAAGUUAAGAUGCCAGUUUCUGGACAAACUGUAUGUGUCACCGGCGCUGGUGGAUUCCUUGCCUCAUGGAUGGUUAAGCUUCUUCUUGAAAGAGGCUAUACUGUUAAAGGGACCGUAAGAAAUCCUGAUGAUCCGAAAAAUGCUCAUUUGAAAGAGCUUGAAGGAGCUAAGGAGAGGCUGAUUUUAUGCAAAGCUGAUCUUCUUGAUUAUGAGAGCCUUAAGGAAGCCAUUAAUGGGUGUGAUGGUGUUUUCCACACCGCAUCGCCUGUGACUGAUGAUCCUGAACAAAUGGUGGAGCCGGCUGUGAAUGGAACAAAAUAUGUCAUAAAUGCAGCGGCAGAGGCCAAAGUCCGACGCGUGGUAUUUACAUCAUCAAUUGGUGCAGUGUACAUGGACCCUAAUAGAGGUCCCGAUGUUGUGGUUGAUGAGUCUUGUUGGAGUGACCUCGAGUUUUGCAAGAAUACCAAGAAUUGGUAUUGUUAUGGGAAGGCUGUGGCUGAGCAAGCAGCAUGGGAGGUAGCCAAAGAGAAAGGGGUGGACCUAGUAGUGGUGAACCCAGUUUUGGUGCUUGGAACAAUGUUGCAGGCAACAGUGAAUGCUAGCAUUGUUCACAUCCUCAAAUACCUCACUGGCUCUGCUAAGACAUAUGCUAACUCUGUCCAAGCCUAUGUGCAUGUUAAGGAUGUGGCACUUGCUCACAUACUCGUUUUUGAGACUCCCUCUGCCUCUGGACGUUACCUUUGUGCUGAAAGUGUGCUUCAUCGUGGAGAGGUGGUAGAAAUUCUUGCCAAGUUCUUCCCUGAGUAUCCUGUUCCUCUCAAGUGUUCUGAUGAAAAAAACCCACGAGCUCAACCCUACAAAUUCUCAAACCAAAAGUUGAAGGACUUGGGCUUAGAGUUCACGCCAGUGAAGCAAUGCCUAUACGACACCGUCAAGAGCUUGCAGGAGAAGGGUGUACUUCAAGCCCCUACACAGAAAAAAGAUUCUAUUCAUAUUCAGUCUUAAUAAUGGUCUCUCUUACUGGAUAUAGUAACUAGUUUUAUGCAAUUGCAAUAUCAGUGUCAUGGGCUGUGCUCGUAUAAUGUUAACAUUCGAGUUAUAGAGGUUGUAGAUUAAGAAAGUACUAUAUAUGGGAUUACGUGAAGUGACUGGCAAUCAAACCCUUUACUAAUAGAUUGCAAGUUUGAAUUUAUUAUACAUAUAUACAUAUAUAUUUUUAUGA